AAUUUUAUUAAAAAAAAGUUUUGCUUUAGCAUUUCAAAAGCAAAAGACUGGUUUCCUGUAAAACACAAACGUCUCACCUCACUUUUUUUUUUUCUGAGUUGUGGUUCCCUAUUAAAGAGGACGAACAUCCUUCACAGUGACUAUUUGAUCUGCAGACAGCGAAGGAGCAGAACAACUCGACAUGCUGUGCAACUUCAGCAGCCCGGUGCUGGUCAGGGCGCUGCCUCCUGUGCUGAUGAUGGAGUUCCUCUUGGGCCUCUUUGGAAACGGGCUGGCUCUGUUCAUCUUCUGCUUCCACCUGAGGCCGUGGAAGAGCAGCACGGUGCUCCUCUUCAACCUGGCCGUGACUGACUUCAUGCUCACCCUGGGCCUGCCGCUCCGUGCCAUCUACUACCUGUUGGGGAUCCGGUGGACGUUCAGCGGCGGGCUCUGUAAGCUCUGCCUCUUCAUGCUGGCCAUGAAUCGCAGCGGGAGCACCUUUUUCUUGAUGGCCAUUGCCGUGGACAGGUACAUGCGAGUGGUGCACCCCCAUCACCCUGUCAACUCUCUGAGUGUAACUAAAGCCACGCUGGGAGCGCUCGGACUGUGGCUGGUCACCAUCUCCAUGACGGUUCACGUCUUCACUCUGCAGCACGUCAACACGACCUACUGUGAGAGCUUCAUGGUUGACACGGAGUCCAGAGGCAACCUGUCCUGGCACAAGUUCACGUUCCUCUUCUCCUUUUACAUGCCCCUGCUCGUGAUCCUCUACUGCACGUUCCACAUCACUGGCCACCUGAGGAAGAGGCAGCUGGCCCAGCAGGCCAAGUUCAAGAAGGCUUUGUACUUCAUCAUCGUGGUGGUGGUGCUCUUCAUCGUCUGCUUCCUCCCGAGCAACAUAACCCUGCUGUUCGUCUGGUUCAAGAUGCUCAGCUUCAAGGACUGCGCCUCUAUGGAGCACAUCACCGUCGUGUUCUACGUCACCAUCAGUCUGACGUAUCUCAACAGCGUGCUGGACCCGCUGGUUUACUACUUCUCCAGCCCGGCCUUUAAGAACAUCUGCAGGAAAGCUUUGCAUUUGCCUCAAGAAGAGACGGUGGAGAGCACAGAGAGGAAAACCCGAGAAACACCAACCCAUUCCAUCAGCCAGCUGUGAUCGCAAGGAGACAGGAAKUUUCACUGCUAAAAGUCUGAUCAAAAAGGAGUUUAGUUUGGUGACAUAUUUUUUUGUGUGUGACGCAUCAUUUUUCUUUGAAAGUCUUGCUAAAACUGGCUUACAUGAACUCACUUUUGGUGUUUAAACUAGGAGCACAGGCGCCCUUUAACUUGUUCUCAUAUGAAUGCACUUUCUAAAUGGUUCUUUUAUACAUGUGGUGGUGCUGUUUGUGCAUGAUUUCCUUUAGUUUUAUGUUGUAUUAACAAAUAAAAACAGUAGAUUUUUUUUUUACUUUUCAUCCACAGAAUAUAAGUCAGAGUUGUGACCCCGACUGACUGGUUGAUAAAAUAAACAUGUUUAAGAUCAUCAUAAACAAUUGUCUUUUUUAAAAAUAAUUUUAGGUCAUGGUUCACCAUUAUUGAAGAUUUAAACAUUUGCUUCCUAUUAGAAUAAACAUAAGACUCCAACACUAUAAUCAGAAAGCAAUCAGAAAACGAUCUAAAAAGGUAAUGAAAGUGUUACCUAGUCAUUAUCUUAUUAUUAAAAUCAAAACUUGCAUGAUGCCAAUUCAUACUUUAUUAACGGCUGCAGAUAUUUGCCUACAGUCUUGUGUCAGUGUAGAACUAACACCUAAAGCCACAAAUGUUUCAUGCUUUUGGUUCUCAGAUGGUUUCCUUGAAAGGAUACAUUUAGAAAGCGGAGGGGGAAAAAAACUCUGCAAAAUGCAGAAAAGCAAGGUUGCAAAAAUCUCAAAGAGGCACAACUUUUAGAUUCUCAUGCAGAAUGUUAAUCAGCAUUUGUCAUCUUUGCACAACUUUACUGCUACUUUUACUCCAAAUAUGCGUUCUUUUGGGUUUGACUGCUAGUAAGUGAUGUCAUAUUAACAGUGAAAACGCAGAACAACCCUAUUGGUCUUUUUUUGUAAUAUGAGCCAAUUUACAACAAAUGUGACUUGAACUAAAUUAAGUUUUUAUGUAAAAAUAGAAGCAUUAACAGGUCAGGUAGAGGUUUAAUCAGGUCUACUCUCUAAUUGACCAUCAUGUAGGCGCUCCAGCGACUGAGUAAAAGGAACUGAUCCUUUACAGAUGAGACAGUUGUUAAACUGUGACCUUUAGAGUGUCUGAAACAGGAUUGAACAGAUGUUUCUGUCUGGUUUCACUAAAAUAUUUUUUAACAAGUGCAUAAAAAAGCUGACAUUUCCCCCUAUUUAUUACCUUCAACUUAACUAUUUGUAAAACUAGUCAACUGACCAAUAAUUAAAAUAUUUUAAAAUAGGCAGUUUUGUUAUUUUCUCUUUAAUACCACAGAAAGAGUCAACAACAUAAAGGUUGGAACAAUUUUAAAAAGUCUACACUUGAAUGUUUUAUUUUUCCUUCACCUUAAUUGAUUCUACACAUUGCUUUUGACCUCUCCAUAAAUGCAGAACUACAGUUUGUUCUCUGAAUAAAUAACUACAAGACGGUUUUUGAAAGCAAUGUUUUGAAAGAUAAAACUCUUGCAAUUAGUUCUGCAUCAAAGUGUAGAUCCACCCUCUUUUUGGAACCAUAUUCAUUUAGUUUGAAUAGGUGUUUCCCACAGAAAUAACAAUGAACCAGUUAAGGAGGAAGUAAAAAGAAAAAAAAAA